AUGUUCUCGUCGCAGCCCCUCCAUGCUGCUCGUGCGGCAGAGUUGAGAGAAGAACCCCCCAAGGGGACUCCCUAUUCCGUUGCUAUGUCUGGCUCCGAACAGCCGGGCCGGAGUAAGGUCUACCGUGCUUGGAACGCGCAAAAUUCCUUGCUGAAGACCCUGGAUCCUCAAAUCUCCACAGCUCAUGACAUGUUCGAAUCGACUGCGAAUCGUCAACCAAAGGCCCACUGUCUUGGGUGGCGCCCCUACAACCCCGUCACUAGGAAGUUUGGGAACUAUCAAUGGCUCGACUACCAAACCGUUCAGAAGCGCCGGGCCGCAUUUGGCGCUGGUCUGGCAGAGUUGCACAAUAAACACGGCUGUAACCGUUCGGGCUCGUACGGUGUUGGUCUUUGGUGCCAGAACCGGCCGGAAUGGCAAAUCACAGAUUUGGCAUGCAUGUCUCAGGGCUUGUAUUCCGUUUCGAUCUACGAUGUCUUGGCCUCGGACGCCACGGAGUAUAUCAUCAACCACGCCGAGCUGAACUGUGUUGUGACUUCCUUGCCGCAUAUCCCUACCCUGCUCAAGCUCAAGCCGUCGUUGCCGAACCUGAAGAUCAUCGUCAGUUUGGAUCCUUUGGACUCCGGUGAACAGGCAGGUCAUUCCAAGCGUGCAUUGUUGGAGUCGGUUGCUGCGGGUCAGGAUGUCGCCAUCUACACGAUCGAGCAGGUCGAACAGCUCGGUGCCUCGUUGAACCGUCCCUACAACCCACCAUCUCCAUCGGACAUUGUCACUAUCAACUACACCUCGGGUACUACUGGCCCUCCGAAGGGUGUGGUCUUGACGCACGGGAAUGCUGUCGCGGCCGCGGCGAGUGCGCUCGUCAUGUCCGAACAGAAGCCAGGCGACACCGCUCUGUCCUAUCUUCCGUUGGCCCAUAUUUACGCUCGUUUGGCUGAGCAUGCAUCCUUCUGGGCCGGUGGUCGAAUUGGGUACUUCCACGGAAAUAUCACGGAAUUGGUCGAUGAUCUGAAGCUCUUGAGGCCAACCGGCUUCAUGUCCGUCCCUCGCUUGUACAGUCGUUUUGGAAAUGUCAUCCGCGCUUCGACCGUCGAGCAGCCGGGUGUCAAGGGCGCCAUGUCGAGACACAUCGUCUCGACGAAGAUGGCGAACUUGAAGAACCCUGACCCUAGUCAGGCUACGGCGAAGCACGCCCUGUAUGAUCGAAUCUGGGCUAAGAAGGUUGCGGCGGCAAUGGGUCUGGAUCGGGCCAAGUUCAUGGUCUCUGGCUCCGCGCCGCUCGACCCGUCCUUGCACAACUUCCUCCGAGUUGUCCUGGGAAUCGACCUUAUUCAGGGUUAUGGCUUGACCGAAACCUAUGCCGUGUCGACGGCGCAGUCCGCUCAAGAUCUCACUGCUGGUAAUUGCGGCCGCUUGGCCCCCUCGACGGAAGCCUGUCUAGCUUCGCUGCCUGACAUGGAGUACUCGGUUGACGACAAGCCCUACCCACGGGGUGAAUUGCUUCUCCGUGGCCCCACCCAGUUCCGGGAAUACUUCAAGAACCCGGAGGAGACGAGCAAGGCCGUGACUGAAGACGGAUGGUUCCGCACCGGUGAUGUCUGCGCCGUGGACGAAAUGGGCCGUUUCAUCAUCAUCGACCGCCGGAAGAAUGUCCUCAAGCUGGCUCAGGGAGAGUACAUUUCCCCCGAACGGCUGGAGGGUGUUUACCUGUCCGAACUUGGCUAUUUUGCCCAGGGUUAUAUCCACGGUGACAGCGUUCAGACCUUCUUGGUGGGUAUUUUCGGUGUCCAGCCCGAUGCUUUUGCGGCGUAUGCUAGCAAGGUGCUGGGUCGCACCAUCGGUGCCACCGACCUCGAUGCCAUCAAAUCGGUCUUGGAUGACGACAAGAUCCGCCGGGCUGUGCUGAGGGAUCUCGAGAAGGUGGCUAAAAAGCACAAAUUGGCCGGCUAUGAGAGAGUCAAGAACUGCAGGCUGAUGCUUGACCCGUUUACGAUUGAGAAUGACCUGCUUACACCAACUCUCAAGCUCAAGCGCCCUCCCACGAUCAAGAAGUAUCGCUAUGUCUUGGAUGAGCUCUACGCUCAAGCUCUCGAGGAGCAAUCCGCCCCCAAGGCCAAGCUUUAG